CGGAGAGAAGCGAAACCCGGGCUUCAAGGAUGCGUCUCUAUCUGGAAAGUCUCCAAGGCUCCGUGGUAAGGAAAGCCGAGAGUUUCCAAAGCUUAGAGCGCUCCGGCGCUUUAUAUCGCUCUCCGUCCCUUUUGGCGCCGCUGCAGAUGCUCGUUUAUGGGAGACAAUCGACAAGCAUUUGGUUGGCGGAAAAGCCAAAAGCCUCCGCGGCUCCCUCCCUCCCUAAAUCGGCGGUCGUCUUGAGAACCACUUGGAUAGUCUUCGGAUUUGGGAUGCGUGGAUCUUCCCCACUGUGACGAGCAGUUGAUUUUUUUCCAGUAAGAAAAGUUAACAACAAAUGAUGGGAAAUCCAGAAACAAUAACAGAAGCCUACGUGGCUGUCAUUCGUCCAAAGAAUACUGCAAGCCUCAAUUCUCGGGAAUAUCGUGCUAAAUCCUAUGAGAUUUUGUUACUUGAGGUUCCCAUUGAAGGACAUAAGAAAAAGAGAAGGAAAAUGUUAUUAGAAACUAAGAUUCAGGAAGGCAGUGAUAUAACCCAAAGCAUCUUGGACUAUAUACUAGAAACCACCAAACCAAUUUCACCAGGAAAUCAAGGGAUUAAAGGAAAAAGAGUUCUACUAAUGAAGACGUUUCCUCUUGGGGAGGAAACAGGCAAGGAUGCAUCUCUUUUCGUUGUACCAACAGUUGUCAAAGAUAAUACAAAGUAUGUUUACAGUCCUGGAUGCCCAGUUUUCUACUGUUUACAAGACAUCAUGAGAGUCUGCAGUGAAUCCAGUUCUCAUUUUGCUACAAUAACAGCUAGAAUGUUACUUUUCUUAGAUAAAUGGUUAGAAGAACGGCAUUUGCAAUCUCAUUCGAUCCCAGCUUUAUUCAGACCAUCUCCUUUAGAACGGAUUAAAACAAACGUUACAAACCCUGCUUAUGCUGUUGAACCCGGACAGAGCGAGAGUACCCUUCACAUGGGAUACACUGCGUUGGAGAUCAAGAGCAAAAUGCUUGCACUAGAGAAGGCGGACAUGUGUAUUUACAACCCUUUAUUCGGAUCUGAUCUUCAGUAUACCAACAGAGUGGACAAAGUAGUUAUAAAUCCUUAUUUUGGACUUGGAGCUCCAGAUUAUUCGAAAAUACAGAUUCCAAAACGGGAAAAGUGGCAACGAAGCAUGAGCAGUGUCAUGGAAGACAAGGAACGUCAGUGGGUUGAUGAUUUUCCUCUUCAUCGUAGUGCUUGUGAAGGUGAUAUUGAAUUACUGAGUCAACUUUUAGAUGAAAAGUUCUCUGUAAAUCAGUUGGAUAGUGAUCACUGGGCACCUAUUCAUUAUGCAUGCUGGUAUGGAAAAGUAGAAGCAACACGAAUGCUGUUAGAGAAAGGAAAGUGCAACCCAAAUUUGUUGAAUGGACAACUCAGCUCCCCUCUUCAUUUUGCUUCUGGUGGUGGUCAUGCCGAUAUUGUUCAGAUUCUCCUAAACCAUCCAGAAAUUGACAGGCACAUCACUGAUCAACAAGGAAGAACACCGUUGAAUAUCUGUGAAGAAAACAAACAAAAUGAGUGGGAAAAAACAGCUAUGUUACUUAAAGAGGCCAUUAAUAAACAAUAUGAAAAAGUACGAAUUUAUCGAAUGGAUGGUUCAUAUCGUUCUGUGGAAUUGAAAUAUGGAAACAAUACUACUGUGCAGCAGAUAAUGGAAGGCAUGCGUCUUUCUCAAGAGACACAGCAAUACUUCACUAUUUGGAUCUGUUCUGAAAACCUUAGUCUCCAGCUGAAGCCGUACCAUAAGCCUCUCCAACAUGUUCACGACUGGCCCGAAAUUUUCACUGAAUUAACAAACCUGGAUCCUCAGAGGGAAACACCUCAGCUAUUUUUGAAAAGGGAUGUGAGACUACCUUUAGAGAUUGAAAAAAAGAUUGAAGAUCCACUGGCAAUCCUUAUCCUAUUUGAUGAGGCCAGGUACAAUUUAUUGAAAGGGUUCUAUGCUUCGUCUGAUGCCAAACUGAUCACACUUGCAAGCCUCUUGCUGCAAAUUGUUUAUGGAAAUUAUGAAAGUAAAAAGCACAAGCAGGGCUUCCUAAAUGAAGAAAACUUGAAGUCUAUAGUACCAAUCACCAAAUUAAAGAGCAAGGCACCCCACUGGACAAAUCGAAUACUUCAUGAGUAUAAGAGCCUCAGUACUAGCGAGGGUGUGAGUAAAGAGAUGCAUCAUCUGCAGCGCAUGUUUUUGCAAAACUGCUGGGAAAUUCCUACGUAUGGAGCUGCUUUUUUCACAGGACAAGUAUUCACAAAGGCAAGCUCAAGCAAUCAUAAAGUCAUCAGAGUUUAUGUAGGCAUAAAUGUCAAAGGGCUCCAUCUUCUAAAUAUGGAAACAAAGGCUUUGCUCAUAAGUUUAAAAUAUGGUUGCUUUAUGUGGCAGUUGGGAGAUGGCGAUACCUGUUUUCAAAUACAUAGUCUGGAAAACAAAAUGAGCUUCAUAGUUCACACCAAGCAGGCAGGUCUUGUCAUAAAACUUCUGAUGAAGCUAAGCAGUCAGCUGAUACCUGAGAGAAGCGACUAAAUUAAAUGGGGACCCAUUGUGUUCAAAUGUUCCACAUUGAUUAAUUGAACAGGAUAAAAGACACUGCCUGAUGGAGGUCCUACCGAAAGCGCCCUGAUCAUUUGUAUAUUUAUAUUGUACAGCACUAUUCUAAUAUAAUCAUUUAAAGUAUUUGGUUGGUAAAGCCAUAAGAAUAAUAUUUGUGUAUGUAAUUUACAGGAAUUCAGGAAAUAAAAUGAGGACUAUAAUUCUAGACAUACUGAGGCAUACUGACAAGGGAAUUCUUGGAGUUGAAGUGCAGAUAUCUUAAAGAUGUCAAGGUUGAGAAACACCUAUUUUCAAAAAGCAUGUCUGUUCUCCCAUGAUUUUUGGAGUCUGCAGACUGAGAGAAUGGUGUGUGUUCUUAUGCAUCCUCCAGAGCCACUGGACGUCAUGUGAGAUGGCUGUGCUUUUGCAUGGCCUUUAGAGCAGUGAUGGGCAAUUAAUUUUCCUAAGAGGCCACAUGAGAAACAAGGACCUUUGUGAAGGGCUGCCGCUGUGCUACCCUACAGUCGCCAUGGACCAAACAGAGAUAAUCAAAGGGCAGGAUGUGGCUUGCAGGCUGUAAAACAUUCUGCUUUAAAGUCUCCAAAAAGCAUGUGAAAGUGGGAUUUUACAGAACUCUUUCACAUGGUUUUUGGAGGCUAUGGAAAAGCAUUCUCCAAAGAGAGAGUGGAGAAUAAAUGAAGGCCUCAUGAAACCUAGAACAGCCUUGGGUAGACUAGGUAACAGGCCUGUCAAAAAGAAUACUGUCUGAAGGCCACAUGGCAGAUUUUGGGCUGUGGGGACAAUCACACUGUUCCCCAAGGCUUACACUCCUUGGAGAACAGGAUUAGGGUGGCUUUGCAUGGCACCUGUGGCACUAGGACUGAAAUCAAGGCCUGGGUCUCUAUUUCAGGCCCAGCCUUGGUGAUACUCUGAGUGCUGCUGUUCAGGGCCACAAGAUAUGGUGGGAGUGAGGAAGACAAUUGCUUCUGUUUUGGGUUUUGUGUGUGUGUGUGAGAGAGAGAGACAGAGAUAGAGACAUCAGUAGAGCCAAGUUAGGCAUUUUCUGAGUUUUUAAUAAACUGAGCCCCAAAGGUUUACCACAGGGGUGGGUUCUACUUACCUUUACUACCGGUUCGCAAUGGGAUCACAUGCGCAGACCGCCUAUGAUGGCAUCCAGGUCGAUGGGCGGAGCCUCCCAUCGGUUUUACUACCGGUUCUUGCAAACCGGUCCAAACCGGGGGCAACCCUCCACUGGUUUGCCCUUACUGUUCUAGGAAGACAUCAGGGUACUGGCAAUUCAAUAUGAAACCUAUGAAACAUUUGCAUGGGAUCUUUCUAAAUUCCUUAUUUGUGGUGUUGUGGUUAAAAAACACCAAAUUUGUAGUGGUGUGGUUGGAUUAUGAAUGGGAGACAUAUAUUUUAACUUGUUCACAAGCACACAAUUUGUCUGCUUAAUUUCAGUAUUUUUGUCUUAGCCUAGUCUACCUCACAGCUGGAAAAAAUAAGAGGGGGUACCCUAAGUAUGCCUUCCUGAACUCCAAAAUAAAUGGUGCGGCAUGCAUCCCACAAAAAUAAAUAAACAGAUGCCUAAAUUAUAGGUAAUUUGUGGGACCUGGGAAUCUCUAAGGCAGGUCCCUAAUCUCUAAGGUGUAACUGGCUACAUAUUGGUAUCUCAAAGAUACCUUAUUACAUAUUUUGAAUAAUUUAUGUCAAUAAGAGUUACCUUACAUAACAAUUUGAAAUAUAUGGUCCUUGUAUGCCCUUGCUGCAUCAGAUAAUAAUUCUGUUUUUAAAUUAUGUUUAUGAAAUACAGCAUUUAAAAAUAUUUGUAUAUAAGCUGAAGAAAAUGUUUUUUUAAAUAAAAAUGGUUGAUUAACAUAU